AUGGAAGGACCGACUGCACUUGCUCAAUUCCGCAGUUGCCCUCCCGUCGCCAUCUCCGUCUCUGCCGUCCACAGCCACGCCCUCCUCUCAACCAUGCCAACUAUGCUAAUGCCUUCAUGCCGACGAGUCUCCUACAGACCAGACCUACUAACCGUGUGCCGUACACCGCGGAACUGA